UUUAAAAUAUUUUUAGGAAAAAGAUUAAUUAAGAUAUGGAAGACGAAACUGAAUUCUUUGAUAUUGGAACAAGAGGUAAUACUCAUGGAGACACUGUUGAGUUCGAUGAUCUAGAACUAGUCACUGGUGGACAGAACGUUAGACUUACUAGAAUCAGAGUCUGGUAUGAUGACUUUGUCUACGGUAUCCAGACUAUUUAUGAAACUAGCAACAAUGGGAUGAUUGUUUCUCCAAAGAGGAUCAAUGAAGAAGCAGAAGCCUGGAAACUUAAGUACGAGGAAGUCUUCUUUAACAGAAACGAAAGCAUCACUGCAAUCAAGGGAAACCAUGGAAAUAUCAUUGACCAUGUUGUUUUUGAGACUAACCAAGGAAGAGAAAUAAGAUUCGGAUUGUCAGAUGGUGGAGAUCCAUUUGAUCUUGAAAUUCCUGAAGGUACUUGUGUCGGAGUCCUUAAAGGAGGAUACGGAGGGCACCUUCAUAACAUUGGAUGUCAUACUAUCCCUCUCGCUCAACCAUUGCAGUACCAAUACACCUAUAACACUGGGCAAAGAGUUGCAAACCAAAUCUCCACUGGGCAAACCCAUGAUGACACUACUGAAUACAACGACGUUGAGUUCCUAGAGAAUACUAAGGGACAACACAGAAUUGCAUCUGUGACUGUCUUCUACGACGAUGAGUUCGUGCAUGGGCUUGAUGUCAAGUACCUGGAGAACGGUAAUGAGAUCCAGACUAAAGGAGUCGGUGGCGAUUGGACCAAUGAUGAUCAUAAGUUCAAGAAAAUCAACUUCGCUGCUGAUGAAUGGAUCACCAACAUUUAUGGAUAUUUCGGAAAUAUCUGUGAUCUUCUGGUCAUCGAGACUACGAAGGGAAGAACUGAGAAGUUCGGAAACCUGGAGAAGGAGCCUAACUUCAACUUCGAGAUCCCUGAGGGACAAGUCAUCUCUGGAUUGUCUUUCGGAAUUGGUGGUCAUCUUCAUAACCUCACUGCUUACUAUGGCAAGGAGCCAUAUAUCUUUAAAUUUGAGCAGCAGCCUCAAGCUAAUGUGCAAUAUUCUUUGCUUCAACAAAGCACAGAUGUUGUAGGCCCCACCCAUGGCGACACUAAUGCUUUUGACGACUGGGACAAGCUCGACACUAGCAUUAUCAACACUCGUCUUAGGAAGGUCGUCGUCUACUUUGAUGAGGGCAAAGUCGUCUACGGGUUCAGACUCAAGUGGAGCGUCAAUGAAGAAGAAGUUGAAGGAGAGAAACACAGAGGUAGUGAAUAUGAUGGCUGGGUUUCUGAUGGAGACAAGGCGUCUUUCAGUCUCAAGUAUGGGCAAUAUAUCACCAGAGUGUAUGGUAAAGUAGAAGCUCAAAUCAAGAAGCUUUGCUUCCAGCUCAACACUGGAGAGACUCACGAAUACGGUGGUGAUGAAGGAGAAGAUUUUGAUCUUGGAAUUCCACCAGGUCAUGCUGUUGGAGCCUUAACUGGAGGCAAGAACGGACAUCUUCAUAAUAUCCAAGCUUGGUAUGGAAAGAUCCAUGUCGCUUCUCAAAGUCAGGGUCAGGUUUACUAUAUCCCAGCUGACGAGAGAUGGCCAAAUGAAGCCUUCCACGGAAACACUCAUGGAGAUACUACUGAGUUCAGAGAUGAAGGAAUUGAUUUCAAUGCUCACACCUACAGAAUCGAUACUGUUAAGGUUUACCAUGCUGAUAGAAUUAAGGGAAUCCAGGUCAUCUACGAGAUCGACGGAACUUAUCAUUAUGGUGAGAAGCACAAGGCUUCCUUCGACUACAACGAAGAGGAAAUGCAGACAACAAUGAUCAAUUUGACAGUUGAUGAGUUCAUCACUGGAAUCAGCGGAAAGCUCUCCAACGUUGUUACUAGCUUAACCUUCAAGACAAACAAGGGCAGAGAGAUUGUCUGCGGAGGUGACGAAGGAGACGACUUCGAUCUUGAGAUCCCAGAAGGAGACUGUGUUGGAGUCAUUCAAGGAGGAAAGAACGGAGAUAUUCACAACAUCAAGGUCUUCAGUGGACCAAUGCCACAGGUUAUGACUACAAGAUGGUAAUCAAUAAGAUUUAUUCUACCA